GACAUUUAUCAUAUAAUGGCCGGUAAAACACUAAAACUUCUUAAAUUAACUGUCGCAAUGUUAUCACUAGUUGGUGAACAAAGAUUUCUCAGAGUUUGGAAGUCAUUCGAAUAUCCUCAUCAAUGGUCAAAACUUCCAAACCCUAUAAGUCAUGUUGAAAGUUUUAUGAUGUCAGACUGUAUUCGGCUAGGAAUGGUAAUGCUAUUUAUAUUAAAUAGAUCAUUGGAUGCAAACUCUUUUAAACCAACAAAACUAGUAAAAUUACAAAGGCGAUCAGGUUUGCAGCGCAAUCAAGUAGCUAAUGCAAUCAUUAAUUGCUGGUCGAUUGUGGCCAAAUGUACUCGCUUAGUAUUUAAAUUUCUAUUAUCAAUCAGUGACUACAAAGAAUUUGAAAAGAUUCUAAAAGAAGAAAGAGAAGUCUUGACUAUA